CUGAAUGGCAGUGCGACCACGCGUCCCAUUUCCUUGACUGCAAUCUCCUCCGUACAUAUAUCCGCAGCUUUUCGUCCCGGCUGUCCUGUCAACCUCAUUUUCGCCGAAGAUAUCCUGAGCAGUUGCAUUCCUCGACUCUGCAGCCUCCCACGCGCACUUGAACGUUGCCGAUACCUCGACACCCCGGCACCCCGCAGCCCCGCAGACCAGCAAGCAGCGGCCUCCCUACCACUGACCUUAUUAUCGUCCAUCAUCGCCGACAUGGCCACCACAGUCCACGUUAAGAACAUUGGCGGGAAGGCCAGCGAUGAGGAAAUCAGCAACUUUUUCCAAUUCUGCGGCAAGAUUUCCUCCAUCGAGAUCACCAGCGAGGGCACCGGCGAGCACGCCACCAAGAACGCCACCGUAACCUUCGAGCUGCCCACCGCGGCCAGCACCGCCCUGCUCCUCAACCACACGACGCUCGGCGGCAACGAGAUCGCCGUCACCGGCUCGGCCCCGGCCGACGCCACGCCGUCCUCGCGCGACCCGCACCGGCAGGACUCCCCGCACCUGAGCCAGGAAGAAAAGCCGCGGGCGCGGAUCCUGGCCGAGAUCCUGGCGCACGGCUACGUGGUGGCGGACCAGGGCCUGCAGAAGGCGAUCCAGCUGGACGAGCAGCACAACAUCUCGUCGCGCUUCGUGGCCACGCUGAAGCACCUGGACGCCAAGACGGGCGCGACCGACCGCGCGCUGGCCGCCGACGCCAACUACCACAUCUCGGCCCGCGCCAGCUCGCUGCUGACCGGCCUGAGCUCGUACUUUGAGCGCAAGUCGCGCGACACCGAGGCCGGCCGCCGCCUCGUCGCCUUCUACACCAACAGCCAGAAGCAGGUCCAGGACAUCCACGCCGAGGCCCGCCGCCUCGCCGAGCUGAAGAAGGAGCAGGAGGGCGGCGGCAAGUUCUACAAGGGCCUCGGCCUGGACAAGGUGCUGGGGAGCGUGCACCCGUCCUUCGCUACCGCCGCCGCCGCCGCGGAGAAGCCGACCGAGGGCAAGAAGAACGACGAGGUGCCCGGCGGCGCGCCCGCCCAUGCGGUGGCGGCCGAGUCUGCGACGACGCCGGCUGCUGACGCGAAGGCCGGUGCUCCUGAGGUUAUUCACUAGCUGCUUUUCUGCUAAAAUACCGUGGUGGUUCCUCAUAUUGUCGUUGUUUCCCAUGUCGUGGUGACUGGUUUGGUGGCCGGGAUGAGGAAGGGAUCUGAGCCAUUGCGCCCUGCUUUUUUUCAUGGUCUUCUUUGCGGUGAAGCUUUGGGGUGCAACCAACGAAUUUGUCUAAGUACCCAGCAGGCACACCAGCCGCAGUGAGAUACCGGCGGCUCACUGCCAAAAAUGAACUCGGCGGCUCGCCGAUUACACCACCCGUUUGUCUCUCUUCCAUGCUGUAAAAGACGAGGUUUCUCUAACCGCUAUGUCACGGAAGGCCAUCUCACUCGCAACGAAAAAUCUCUACUCGGUAUUCAGGUCAUGCGAAAUGGAUAUAAGAUAAAUCAAAUUAGGUAUAUACUAGCCGGGCAAUGCAAGAACUGCUUUUAGACGCCCGGCAACGGCUCAACUCACAGUGC